AUGUCGUCACAACCUUCGGAGCGCAAUGAGCAUCGGAAACCACAGGUGCCAAAGGCGCUGACUGGGGGCAAUGCACAAGACCAAUAUAUAAAGGGCCUGGAACGGGAAUUCAAAUUCAAGCAUCUGGGUGUUCUUGGUGUACUUGGGUGGAUAUUGUGCUUGCAUGUUGUUGGAAUAUUCUUUUUCACUAAGGGAUUUCUACUGACUCGAAUGGUUUUGGAGAACAAGUCAUCCUGCGAAGUACUUCCCUUCGGCGACGCAUCUACUGUUGGCAAGAAAGUCGACGGGUGUUGGCAUCAGAAGUCAUUUGACAAGGCCGUUGUGAUCAUAAUCGACGCCCUGCGCUAUGAUUUUACUGUCCCCUUGUCCCCAAUUGCGGAGACUGGUUCGGCACAACUGUUUCACGAUAAUUUGCCCGUCUUGUAUGAGACGGCCGUGAAUACUCCCGAAAAUGCAUUUUUGCUUCCUUUCAUUGCGGAUCCACCCACAACAACACUGCAGCGGCUCAAGGGACUGACGACUGGGACGCUACCUACAUUUAUCGAUGCUGGCUCCAACUUUGCCGGAACAGCAAUUGAUGAGGACAACCUAAUUGCUCAACUGCGCGCAGCCGGCAAGAAUCUAGUCCAGCUUGGGGACGAUACCUGGCACGCACUUUUCCCUGAUUACUUCGAUUCUGAUCUCACACAGCCGUUUGAUUCAUUCAACGUGUGGGAUUUGCAUACGGUGGAUAACGGUGUGACUGAAAACCUCCUUCCACUCCUUCACCCUGAAAAUUCCACAAAAUGGGAUGUCAUCUUCGGUCACUAUCUUGGUGUCGACCACGCUGGUCACCGAUAUGGGCCAAACCACCCAGCUAUGGCUGCGAAGCUGAAAGAAAUGGAUCAGACCAUCCGCGAUCUCAUCGCGAAAUUGGACGACAAGACGCUUCUGGUGGUAAUGGGUGAUCACGGCAUGGACUCCAAGGGUGACCAUGGAGGGGAAUCCAAUGACGAGGUGGAGGCCGCUCUUUGGAUGUACUCGAAGAAAGGUAUUUUCGGCCGUACGAGCACAGAGACAUCCGUGCCUCCUAUGUUCGCUCGGGAUCGCUACGUCCCUCAGAUCGACCUCGUGCCCACCCUUUCCCUUCUUCUUGGAAUGCCCAUCCCCUUCAACAACCUCGGUUCGCCGAUCGAGGAGGCUUUCAUUGGACCCAAAGGGAAUGACUGGAAGAAUCUUUUGACAGUGAACCGUUUGACUUCCGCUCAAAUCAAGAGAUAUCAACACGAGUACGCAGCGACGCGAGGUGCAGACGAUGACCGGGAAUUCGAGUCUAUGGAACUUUGGCAGGCGGCAGAAACUAACUGGCAGAAGCUUUCUAAAAUUGGCAGAUCAAGUCAGGCGAAUUUGCGCUCCAUUUCCGAGUCGUACAAGGAACACCAGCGACAUACUCUUCAGGUUUGCCGUGGGCUGUGGGCCAAAUUCCACGUGCCAAGCAUGCUUCAGGGCGUUGCAGUACUGUUUGGUGGAAUUGUUUUACUGGUGUUCUAUGCACGAAACAUCAGAAGGGGCCGGGCAGAUCUCACAAAUCCGCUGCUUACUCUUGUUGGAGUAGGCUCUGCCAUCGGUGUCGUAGCCGGUGCCUCAUUGUCGUUCGCAGGCACGGUGGAGAUGCGAGUAGCUGAAGCAUCCGCAUUUGCGGCCGCCGUGGGAAGCAUAGUCGGCGCCUCGUGGGCCACCUUUGUCACUUCGGAGCGCCUAUCCGUGCCUAUGCCAAGAAGUCUCUGGGGCUGGCUGGCAGUUAUUUUCACGGUCACCCAGUCUGUCGGGUUCGCAUCCAACUCCUAUACGAUUUGGGAAGACGAGAUCCUCCUAUUCUUCCUUUCGACCUUCGGUGUACUUGCUGGCGUAUCCUCGAUGCGGCAAAAGUCAACCGCCGACAGGGUUUUAGGUGUGUAUCACUCGAUCCUGUUCGUCAUCCUUGGGAGGCUGGCAUCCUUCUCCCGCUUGUGCCGAGAGGAGCAGAUGCCUUUCUGCCGUUCUACAUAUUACGCCUCUGCCACUUCUUCUACUUCUGCCCCCUGGCAACUCGCCAUACCAUUCCUCGUUGCGCUUAUCCUUCCCACCGUUGUACGGUCGUUUUACGCCGGAUCCAAGUCCUACGAAGGCGCCGCCACACUCUGGAUCGGAAUGGGUUUUCGAUUGGGGCUAUUCAUAACCUCCGUCUUUUGGGUGCUUGAGGGGGCUGACGAUGGUGAGUGGCGGCUGCCUUUGAGCAAGGAGACCUUGAAGUCAGUCAGGGUAUUCUUGGCUCAACUGGUGCUGGCGCUCGCCUUCGCUGCUGGCACAACAGCGUUCAUCUAUUCCAAGCCUUGCAUUAGCAUCAAUGUCAGCCAAGGCAACGCGGAGCCCGAAAGCCAAGGCAAGUCCUCGGGUCCUGGACAGCAGGCAGGACGCACGACUGUUACAAUUCUGGGAUUUGGCAAUGUGCAUGGAACACGAUACUUUCUCCUCGUGGUCAAUUUCUGUUUGGGCAUCACCCUAAUGCAGAAGCCCAUGGGUCAAGGUGCCAUGGGGCUUUUGCUCUGGCAAAUUCUUUCUCUGCUUGAAAUUCUGGAUACAAACGCGCUGGUUCUCGGCAAUUCGGCCAUUGGACCGGUAGUCCUGGGCCUUCUCGGGUCGUUGUACUACUUCAAAACUGGCCACCAGGCCACCCUGAGCAGCAUCCAGUGGGAGACUGCCUUCAUUCCUCUCUCCUCCGUCCAAUAUCCUUGGUCUCCGAUUCUCGUGAUCCUUAAUAGCUUUGGCGCGCAAAUCCUUACCGCAAUUGCCGUCCCUCUUACAGUCCUGUGGAAACGACCUCUCCAGCUCCAUGAUCAGGCGUCUUCAUCGUCGAAAGCCAACAACCCUGCAAUCAGGCUCCUCGCUGACGUUAUGCAAGCGGUGUGCACAUACAUCCUUUACUUCGCCACCAUUAACCUGGCCACUACGAUGUGGGCUGGCCAUCUCCGCCGUCAUCUGAUGCUGUAUCGAAUCUUCAGUCCCCGGUUCAUGAUGGGUGCAGCUGUGCUGGGGGUCGUGGACGUCGUUUUGAUAGUGUUCUCUGUGGCUGGGGUGCGGUGGAGCACUCUGAGUGUGGGAGAAAUAUUUGGGUGGUAG